CUUAUAAGAUCAUUUCUUCGUCUAAGUUCCACAAGGAGUAAUAUAACUACUUCUUCUAAUUGCAUUUUACACUAAACUUCCCAGAAAAAGUUAAAUCUAAGUUUUUUUGUCGAUCUAAUCGUAUUUGGAUUUUAUUUAAAUACGUAAACAGCGACACCAGUUAAUCAUUUUCAUCUACUGUUCUCUCAUGCUGAAAUCAUUACUUUUGCUCUCUGUUCGUCCCAAAGAUCAUUUCUUUGCUCUUUGAUUGUUGAAUUCUCUGAGGGAGAAACCGAAGUAGCUUUCAUGGAGUCUCUGCUCUCUAGUUCUUCUCUUCUCUCCGCUGCUGGUGGACUUUGCUGGAGGAAGCAGAAUCUAAAGCUCCACUCUUUAUCAGAAAUCCGAGUCCUGCGUUGUGUUUCGAGUAAAGUUGUAGCAAAACCGAAGUUUAGGAACAGUCUUGUUAGGCCUGAUGGUCAAGAACCAUCUUCAUUGUUGUUGUAUUCGAGACAUAAACCGAGGUUUCUGGUGAAUGCCACGACGGGUCAGCCCGAGGCUUUCGAACCGAAGAGCAGUCAGAAAUCUCUAAGAGACUCGUUAGAUGCGUUCUACAGGUUUUCAAGGCCUCAUACGGUUAUAGGCACAGUGCUUAGCAUUUUAUCUGUAUCUUUCUUAGCAGUAGAGAAGAUCUCUGACAUAUCGCCAUUACUCUUCACCGGCAUCUUGGAGGCUGUUGUUGCAGCCCUCAUGAUGAACAUAUACAUAGUUGGGCUAAAUCAGUUGUCUGAUGUUGAAAUAGAUAAGGUUAACAAGCCGUAUCUUCCAUUAGCGUCAGGGGAAUAUUCUGUUAAAACCGGGAUUGCUAUAGUAGCUUCUUUCUCCAUCAUGAGUUUCUGGCUUGGGUGGAUUGUUGGUUCUUGGCCAUUGUUCUGGGCUCUUUUUGUGAGUUUCAUACUCGGUACUGCAUAUUCUAUCGAUUUGCCAUUUUUAAGGUGGAAAAGAUUUGCAUUGGUUGCAGCAAUGUGUAUCCUCUCUGUCCGAGCUAUUAUUGUUCAAAUCGCGUUUUAUCUACAUAUUCAGACACAUGUGUUUGGAAGACCAGUCAUGUUCACGAGGCCUCUUAUUUUCGCCACUGCGUUUAUGAGCUUCUUCUCUGUUGUUAUCGCAUUGUUCAAGGAUAUACCUGACAUUGAAGGUGAUAAGAUCUUCGGAAUCCGAUCAUUCUCUGUAACUCUUGGUCAGAAAAAGGUGUUUUGGACAUGUGUUUCACUACUUCAAAUGGCUUACGCUGUUGCGAUUCUUGUUGGAGCCACAUCUCCUUUCAUAUGGAGCAAAGUCAUCUCGGUUGUGGGUCAUGUUAUACUCGCAACAACUUUGUGGUUUCGAGCUCAGACUGUUGAUCUGAGUAGCAAAAACGAGAUAACUUCAUGCUAUAUGUUCAUUUGGAAGCUGUUUUAUGCAGAGUACUUGCUGUUACCUUUUUUGAAGUGACAUUAGAAGAAGAAGAAGACGAAGAAGAAGAAGAUAAAGAAGUUAUCACUAUGCUUCUGUUUUUAUUCAAACAAGUUUAUUGAUCAAAUUAGGCAGAGAUUAGGGUUUUAUCAUCAAACAUCAAUAAACUGCAAAGUAUAUUCACAUAAUACAAGCAUUUUUGUUGGCAAUAAAAAAAAGGGGUUGCUUUCCUGUAUACCAAGAAAAGAGCCCUUAUUUGAGUUAAGACUUGUUCGCAAUUCUUCAAUUUUGUAAUGGCCCAAUAACAUAUUAACAU